CAUUGCCAGUUGGUUUUCCUCUCCUCUCCUCUCUUCUCCUCCAUUUCGUUAUCAUGUCUUCGCUGUCCUUAAAUACGAUAAAACAAAUGAUGCGAGCUAUGAAACAGCGGCCGGGCUUCGACAGAGUCCUCAACAAGGUGGAGGUGGUGGCCGCCGAACCGGGCAAGGUGGUGUGCGAGAUGACGGUGGCCGAGGAGCACACCAACGGCUUCGGCACGCUGCACGGCGGCCUCACGGCCACCCUGGUGGACGUCAUCUCCACCAUGGCCAUCAUGUACAGCGAGAGGAGAGCGCCGGGAGUCAGCGUGGACAUGAAUAUAACCUACAUGAACGCGGCCAAGCUGGGCGAGGACGUUCUGAUCACGGCCCGGGUUCUGAAGGAGGGCCGCACGCUGGCCUUCGCCUCCGUGGACCUGAGCAGCAAAUCCACGGGCAAGAUGAUCGCGCAGGGGCGUCACACCAAGCACCUCGGCGGCAGCUGAAACGCGAAUCCCGAUCGAUGACAGAGAGGUCCUGCCUGUCGCCUUGACGACCGAUCGCUCCAAAUCAAUGUUCAUGCGGGUUGACGGGAAACAAAAUGGAUGCCUGAGUGGGGGAUGAGGGCGGGGGAAGAGAGAGAGAAGGAAGGAG